AUGGCUUUUAAUUCUAGACCAGGUAGUAGUUUAGAAAGUGUGAAUUCUCAAUUUCAAUCUAGUAAUGAAAGACAAAAAGAGAGUACUCCUUUAUGGGCUUAUGUAACUUUGGUUCCUCAAGAAAAUGAAGGGGAUGGUGGAAAUAAAAGUUGGAAGUGUAACUAUUGUAAUAACCAAUAUAAUGGCUCUUAUUCUAGAGUUAAAUUUCAUUUGUUGAGGAUCUCUGGAAAGGGUAUUGCUAUAUGCUCAAAAGUUGAUGAUAGUUGUUUAGGUGAAAUGCGAAAAGCUCAAGAGGAGGCUGAGAAUAGAAUAAAACCAAGACAUGUGCCAUUGCCAACUCCAACUGAGAGCUUGUCUCCUUUAUGUCAAAAGGGUUCUACCCCUAUUCAAAGUGAACAUAAUCAUGGAAAAAGGAGGGCAAUAAAUACAAUAGAAAGAGCUUUCCAUCAAGGAGCUAGAGAUAAUUUAACUGCUGAAAUUGCUAGAAUGUUCUAUUCGGCUGGCUUGUCUUUCAAUUUGGCACAUAACCCAUAUUUUAUUAGUGCAUUUCAAUAUGCUACCAACAAUAUAAUUCCUGGUUUUAAACCUCCUGGUUAUAAUGCACUAAGGUCUACUUUGUUGCAAAAAGGAAGGGCCAAUGCAAUUGAUGCAACUAGUAAGUAUAAAGAUAGAUUUUACAUGGCUGACUUGAUAAAGAAAGUGGUUGAAGAAGUGGGGCCUCAUAAAGUUGUUCAAGUAAUUACUGAUAAUGCACCUGUUUGUAAAUCUGCUGGUAAGAUGGUGGAAGAUGAAUAUCCUCACAUCUUUUGGACACUAUGUGUGGUGCAUACACUUAAUCUUGCCUUGAAGAAUAUAUGUGCAGUAAAAAAUACAGAGGUAAGUGAAAUUAUUUAUGGAGAAUGCCGUUGGAUCACUGAGAUAAGGGAUGAUGCAGUCUUUAUCCGAACAUUUAUCAUGAAUCAUUCUAUGAGAUUGGCCAUGUUUAAUGAAUUCGUGCCAUUAAAAUUGCUUGCAAUAGCCGAAACAAGAUUUGCAUCAACAAUUGUGAUGUUGAAGAGAUUCAAACUUAUCAAAACUUCUCUUCAUACACUGGUUAUUAGUGAAGAAUGGAAUGCUUAUAGAGAUGAUGACAUUGGAAAUGCUGCUACUAUGAAGGACAUAAUUCUUAAUGAUCUUUGGUGGGAGAAGGUUGAUUAUAUUCUCUUUUUCACUAAGCCAAUUUAUGAUAUGUUGAGAUUUGCUGACACAGAUAGACCCACACUUCAUUUGAUUUAUGAGAUGUGGGAUUUAAUGAUAGAGCAAAUCAAGGAAUCAAUUUAUAAACAUGAGUGA